CUCGCAACUCAUCGUCUUUUUCCGAUUCCAUUCCGUUGUUGUCCAACCUACCCCUGUCGCCCAAAAAGCAAAACGCAAACAUCAACCUCCUACUGCAAUAUGAACUUCUCCAAAAUCGCCGUCGCUGCCCUCAGCUUCAACUGUUCACCUUGGUUCGUCCAAGGAGAUCAUGAUGAAAUAAAGCAUAAGGUAGGACCAUGGGAGCUCCAUCCAAUCGGUAACGAUGACACCGGCACCACAUUUGCUUUUAUAAACACAGGUGAUGGAGCUGAUCCUAUGAUCGAUGUUGUUCUCCACGUUGAAGGAGAUUUUGGUUCUACACCAACGAUUGAGGUGUUUACAGGAGGCAAAGAAAGCGAGGCGUGCGACCUUGGAAACAAGAUUGUGGAUGGCCAUGAAGGCUACACCUAUGAAUUUAAAGGAAUAUCGUCUGGUUCACCUUAUGAUGAUUUGAGGGUUACAAGCGAUGGAAGUAUUGGUACGUUAGGCCAUUGGCGACAACGAAUAGCUUUCUGGAAGGGUGUUUGUGAUGGGUGGAUCCCAUGAAAUUUAAGUUAAUCCUCAUCAUACUCUUCCUCUGUGCUCUCAUUGUACUGUUGUUAUUAGGUCAAGCUGUAUUCAAAAUGAAGCUACACGAUGAUUUAGCCUGGACAAUUAGAAAUUCAGACAACCCGAAUAUUGGUACUUUUAAGGCAUGUGCUCGGGUUUCCAAGAAGCAUGAUAACGAAUAUAUCUCCUUUGUUGACACAUUGGUUAAGGUUCAUUUCGAUGCGGAAGGGAGGUUUGAUACGGACUUUUCCAUUGUGGGCACCAGCAUCAUGUCAUUGGAACAAAAUGAAAAGGAGACAGUCGAGCUGGACUCCUAUCUGUGUGGUCAAUCUGAUUCAGGAAACCCAGAACGCGAAUACAAGGUUGGUCAGAGCUUCUCCAUCUGCGUUGGUCCUACUAAUGCAGAGAAGGAGAAGUAUGACUAUGUUGCCGUGGUUGGAUUCGAAAAUGUGCAGUGUGGACCAGCCAAAGUGGUGGUAGAUGGAAUAGCGACGGCACUGACACAAGUUAACACUAAUCCCCAAGAGUACAGGAAGGCUGAUGAACCUGUUGAAUCGGGCGUUUCGUCUUUUGGCACCGUAGUGACUCCCGGGUAUUAUUCAGCCGAUAAACCUACGGCCACGUGCUCAGGCACGGUGAAGCUGAGCUUCACCAACCCCAAGCCAUUACUCCAGUAUGAGAAAGUGGGAUGCGGAUUCAUAAGGAAUGAUCCUAUGGAGCAAUAUCCCUUAGAUAGUGGUGGGACCGAGGAUGACGUGAAGCGAUGCAAUGAUCAUUGCAGUGAUGGAGGAUAUGAGUACUUUAUUUUGGGUUGCCCACACACUAUGGUUGAUGAUAGUCCUCCUGAAUUUUUUUGUGUUUGCACCUCUGGUCAUGACCUCGAGGUAACCAGUGAGACAUGCCCUGGUUCGGAAACUGGUAUUAACUUUUGUAAUCCUGAGCUCGUCGAAGACAGUCUGUAUGAAUGGGCUGUUUCUGACCAUGACUUGGCGUUUGCGGUCUACGACGUGACACCCCCAAAUCGUCGAUUGACUGGCAGCUUCAUGUCUGCGGUCUACAAGGUGACACCCCCAAAUCGUCGAUUGACUGCCAGCUUCUCGACCAACAGCGGUGAUCUCUUGCAGCGCCACCUCCAAGAAAGCGGCAACAAGGCGGACACCAGCGGCUCCUUUGGCACUGAGGUUCUUCUCUCGCGAGAGGAAAAUGUGGAUGCCGCCUUUGGCGGCCUUGCGGCUCCGGCAGCAGACACUGGUGCAGUGCCAACCACUGUGACGGCAACCGCCGUGGGUGCCUUUGUUGCUGCCGCUGCUUCCCUGGUCUGAGCAGGCAACAAACUUGAACCGACACCARUAUUACACAGGAGAGAAAAAAACUGCAUAUUCCCAUUACCAACCAAUACAUGUCCAGGAGCCAAAAGAUACACGGCUGCGCUGCGCUGCGCUGCCCGGCCCGCCCAUUGAGGCGUAAAAUAAAAGCAAAGAAAAAAC